UUUACACAAAACUGUCAAAACUCUGAACGGUGUUGUAAUUAUUACUAAAUAUGAAAUUCAUUUGAAAUUAGAUUAAGGAAUUGGUCUUAAAAAAUAUCGAAUAACAGGAUUAAAAUGGCGUCGAUGAAUAAUGUCCCCAAGGAAAUACUUGAGAGUAUGCGAGAAUGUCUUGACAGGAGACUUAAGUUGUCCAUUAAACGCCUGGUUAACUAUGAAACAAAGAAAGAAAAACUUGAGAACAGGGUGCUAGCUUUUUCUACCUACAGGCUAUUUGUACUGACAGCAAAAGCACCCACAAAGGUUGAAGCUCAUUUCCAUUACCUUGAAAUAAAAUCACUUGAGAGCAAACGACCAAAUCAACUGGUGAUAUCUACCAAUGGGAAGACAUUCACUUUUGUGUCUGUUGAGGGCUCAAAUGACUCGGACGAGUUCACAAACAUGGUCACUCACAUUGGAACCUCCCUGAAAACCAUCUUCCCCACCCUUCCAUUGGAACGGUUGAUCAAGAAGAUAGACAUCCUGCCCGCAGACCGUCUCCGGGUGAUGUAUGACCUCUUGCGCGCCAUUGAGUCUCGUGAGCCGGGUCCGUGUGGGGGAUUCACACUCAUGUACGCCAGCAUGUGUGACUUCCAUGGCCUCAUGUACAGGGAUGAGGUUGCCUGGGAUGUUGAUACUAUCUACCUCUCCCAGGAUUCCAAGGAACUUUGUCUCCGGGACUUUGACCACCUCAAAGAAAGGGACCUGGUGCCUAUAGUAUCUGCCCUUGUUAACAACACAUGGUUCACUGGACUAAACGCAAGCAAUAUCAAAUUGGGCACUGAUGUGUGCGCUGAGAUAUUGCGUGUGAUGAAGAAGAAUGCUGUGAUAGAAUCUCUCCUGCUGAGUGGAACUGGAAUCUCAACUGACUUUGUGAAGCGUCUAUCCAACAUGCUACUGGCUGGUACCAAUCUUCAUAUCCUGGACAUCUCCAACAAUCCAAGCAUUGAUGACACCGGUGGUGAGUACCUGAUGGGCACGCUGAGUACGCGAGGCAGGAAGUGUACCCUGCUGGACAUCUCUGGGACCAAGAUCACAUCCAAGGGCCUGAACAGGAUUGCAGAGGUGAUGAGCAAGCACCCCCACGUGUUCAGUGGCCUCCAGACACUCAAGAUGGCCUCACUGCUUCCCAGCAAAGGGGAGGACCUGCAGGGUCUGUACGCCUUUAUGGCCUCUCCCAACAUGAUCAGCCACCUUGACCUGUCAGCAACAGAGGUGGAGAUAGAUAGGUUGAUGCCGGCUCUUCAGCGAGGUUGCAGUCAGAACCUGACGGUCCUCAAGCUAUCGAGGGUUGCCUACUCCAAAAAGAAGGAGUGUGUUGUGCAGACGUCCUUCAAGCAGUUCUUCUCAUCUGCCUACACCCUAAAACACGUGGAGCUGGCUAACGUAAAAUUGCCACCCGACGCAAUCAAGGAUCUGUUUCUGGGCCUGGAUUCCAACAGGAACAUCAAGGAUGUCCAUGUGGACCUCAGCGGCUGUGAGAUCUCCAUGGAGGGAGCCAAGAAUCUCACUGAGUGUCUCUGCUCUGGUCGCAAUAUCACAAGGCUUGAUAUCGGGGGCAUCAUCAAGAGUCCUGGUACAGGCCUAUCGGAUCGGGAUCUGAUUCACAUAUUGGAGAACAUUGGCAGGAAUAACAUGAUCAAGGCACUGUCAUUGGGCCAGAUUUUCAACAGCGUUAAGCCAAAAAAUUUAAAAGCUGUGUUGGAAAAAUUGGUUGAAAUUCUUCAGGCUGAUAACUCAGUGCUGGACACCCUGUCCUUGGCUGAUUCCAAGCUGAGGGACAACAUCAACCUGAUCAUCAACGCCCUCGGUAGCAACUCAUCUGUCACUGAACUGGAUAUCAGUGGCAACCAGAUGGGCGACCUGGGUGCACGCAUGCUGUGCAAGGCUUUGCAGAUCAACAACAAACUCAAGACCAUCCUCUGGGACCGCAACAACACCUCCUGUCAGGGCUUUGAAGACAUCGCACUGGCACUCGAGAAAAACUACACAUUGCGUAAUAUGCCAGUGCCUGUGUUUGACGCAAGUGCGGCCCUGAGGACUGAGUCUGAAUCUGUGCGGACCCAGCAGGCCUUACAGACCAUUGAGCGCCUGAUCCAGAGGAACCACAGCCCCCAGAAGUACUCCUCUGACCAGGGGUACCGCCUACAGCAGGGGUUCCUACUCAGCUCCACACAACAGAUGUUGGACCGUCUGGUGGUUCAGUCCCAGGACACGAUCAACGCUCUCUCUCUAGACGGUCUCCAGCAUUAUGGCAACGAUGUGAACACUGCACAGACCAUCAUUGCUGACGCUGACAACACUAAAACGCUGCUGCCAAGGCUUCAUGACAUUGCCAUCCAGUCGGAGAUGUCGAGCAGCCCAGUGGCUGUCAAACUGAGAGAGAUCUCCAAGGAGCUCACGGCCACACUGGAGACUCAGAUACAGAGUAUUGUACAUGAAAUGAUGGAGGCAACAGUGAAACAGUGUGGAGGUGUCAUGAAGAAUCAGGACUUUGUGAAGAUGGUUCAGAGCGGUUGUACAGAGAAGAGCACUCUUCCCAAAGACUUCACCAGUAAUAUCCUGGAUGGGGUCAACACGGAAAUCUUCAACAAACUCAGCGAGUUGAACCUGGCUAUUGCGGCACACAUCUCUGACACAGUUUUAGAUCAGGUCAUAGAUAAGCUCAGUCACAGCCAUAGGACUCUGACCAAGUAUCUCAAUGAAAAGCGUAAAGAAAGGAGAGCAACCACCUCAGAUUCACCGCAGACCAGAAAGAUACAGCUUGAUGUGCCUCUGUCUACGGAAUCUCCGAAGACACCACAGCGCAAGAGUAUGUUAGCUCGCAAGAUUCGUCCUCAGUCUGUUAUAGACAGGGAUAUGGUCCAGAAGGCCUUGGAUGCUGCCAAAAAUCAACAAGCUGUUUCCAUGACACCCAACAGUAGCAAACAGGGUCAGGGUUCAAGGUCACCAUUAUCCUACGACCCGCCCCCUGCACCACAUGAUAUUGGAGGGAUAAAUUCUAAACAAUUAAAACAUAAAAAAGAACCAAAGGUGCAAAAAACAAAGCCUAGAAAAAAUAAAAUUUCUAUUCCAACUACUCCAAGCAUAACAUUGACCUCUGCAAAGGGCAUUGACAUUGACCCUGACCCUGAGUAUGACAAUGCUACUGAUUUAAGGAAAUGUUCACAUCGCUAUGGACACCGCGAUGGCCUGGAUGAGGAGCCAAGUCUUACCCCCGUACCGAAACUUACCCAUGCCUUACCAUCACCAGUUGCUGUUGAUCUUGACUCUAUUGGUGACCUGCCAACGGGCGACCGGCUGACCCAUGUGACCAAGGACCGAGCCCGCCUCAAAAAGAAUGUGCGCCCAACUGCUGGCAGACAAUCUGCCAUGACUGGCUCUACCUCAUCUGAAAAUGUGAAGGUGGAUGAAGGCAUUGAGGGUUUCUUCUCCACUCCUUCUGUGGUGCCCCAGAGUCCUGUGAAGAAUGGACCUAGCAGCUCCCCGUCACCUAGCUCAAAGUCAACACCAGAAAGUAUUAAAAAAACCUUUGGAGGAUUAUUUAACAUGAAAAAAGGCAAAAAAAAUAAAGACGAGAAGAAGAUGUCUUCCAAACAGACUUCCAUAUCAUCAAAGAAAAAAAGAAUUUCCGAAGUUAAGGAAGAAGAGGAAGUAGAUUCUACUGCUAAAGCUGAGACAGCCUCCACUGGCAGCUCAUCAGCCUCUGACAGCAGCAGCCUGAGUGGCAGUGUUAACCUGGCCAAGCAGGCAGGAGGAUCCACCAAGGUCUUGCCUUCACAUAAACCAGUUGACAGCGAAAUAACAAAGUCUUCUGAGCAUGUUGCACAGGAUAAACCGAAAACUCCUACCUCUAGUUUAGAUAGGAAAGCUAAGACUGCUGAUCAUGCAAAAGCAAUUGUUGCAGAAAUUCAAAGGAAGAAUACUCCUACAUCUAGUUUGGAGAGGAAUGCCAAACUCACAGAUGGCUCAUCGGAAGCAGAGACUGACAGCAGUAAAGGCAAACCUGAUAACGGAAGUGGGAAAACAAAUGAUAUAAAAGAAAAUGGUUCUGUGCCUGAGUCAGAGACAACAAAAGAGGCAACAAAGGCUCCUAUGAAAGUGCCUAUGCGAUUGCUUUCAGUUGAUAAACAUGAAAAGAAAACAGCUGAUGAUUCAAAGGAAGAGGUCGUUAAGGAACAUAAAAAAGAUGAUGAGAACAAUAAAGAACAAAUUCAGAAUGUUGUUAAAAAAAGUGAUGAGAAGGACGAAAAAGAGGAUGCUGCAAAAGAAAGUUAUGAUAAACAUAAAACUGAGGAAGUUGCAAAGGAAAUUGAGAAAUCAGUAGAAGAAAGUUCAGGUAGUGAAAGUUCGAAUGAGAAAAGUGACCAAAGCUCUGAAUCUGCAGAGAGCAGCUCUGAAGAAGAAGCAGAAACGGUACCAGAUAGCAAGCAUGAUGAGAAGAUAGAGAAGUCAGAAAGUCCUAAAACAGAAUCGGUUUCCAAAGCUGAACUAGAGGAGAAAAAGCCUGAUAAAGAUGCUGUCAUUGCUGAACCAGAGGCCCCCAAACCGGUUACUGUCCGCAAGCCUCCUGGCGCGAUGGGUAUUGGGUUUGACCCCAGUGUGCUUUCUCAAUUGAAGUCUACACAGGAGAAGAGGUUGUCAAAGGUACCGAAGCAGAUACCUGAGCCCGAUAGAACUUCCAAUAAAAGCCCUACAAAAGAGAAGCCACCUCCAUUUGGAGGCUUUCAACUACGACCAGUAUCCAAGGAAAAGUCACCAGUAUUUUCAAAGAAAGAGGAAACUAAAAGUGCUGUUGACAAAGAGCUUAAUGUUAAACCUGGUGCCAUAAGUGCUCCCUUUGAAAAGAAGAAUUUAAAAAGUGAAGAGCGUGCCAAACCCGAAACAGUGCCAAGGCCAUCUGGCAUAACAGCGGUAGGGAAGCCCCCACCCCCUAUGAAGCCCAAACCCACCCCUACCCCUAGACGGAGUAUUCCAUCCUCAGAUGGGACAGAGACAGCUUGGUACAGGCACUCCUAUGACGAACAGCCCUCCAGUAAAACAUCUGAUGUGCCAUCACAAACCCAAACCUCUGCAAAUACUGACAGUGGGGUAGUGUAUGAUUCAGCAACUUUGAAAAAAUCUGUAAAGGAAAAAAUGUCUAUCUUCCAUGCUGAAGACAAGCAAUUCAAGCAAGGAAGGCCACUCUCAACAACGGUAAAGGGAGAGUUACCUAAAAUAGAGGCUAAGAGAAAUUCAUUGCCACAUAAUGUUGGCAUGGACACAGUCAAAAUGGCAGCAGAGACUGACCAGCUUGCUGAGCCUGUUGACAAUCAGCAUAAAAAAACUCAAGCUGGAGAUAUACAGAAUGCAGAUUCUUCCAAUUCCAUGACUGACAGUGGCAUUGGCAUUGAUGCAGAAUCACCUGGCCGCACUGCAGGCUCCCCUACUAACUCUCAGCGACCCAGGUCCAUGUUAGGGGUUCUCAAAUCCCGACCUGAGCUGGCCAGCCCCCACACACUGGGAACAACACCCGAAGGGGCGGAGGAAAAACCUGCAAAGAAAGAAGAAACCAAGACAGAGUCUGAUGACGACAUUGUCAUGGUGUAGACUGUACACUGUAUAUAUAUAGGUCCUGUACGGAAGUGUGCAGUGAUGAAUAGACUGAAGUGUCUGUUUUGGACUGUUGAUGUAUUGGUCACACGCUUGUACAAAUAUGCUUUUCAAGUAACAUUUUGUUAGGACCAAUCAAAAGUUGAUAUUAGUGAUGAGAUGUGGUUUACAGUGUUGAUGUUCAUUGCAGAAUAUUGAAGUUUUGAAAUAAGAACUGACCAGAAAAAGAGGAGUGUAUUUUACAUUACUAUUCAACUUAAUCAAGUGUAUAUUAAGUGUGGACCACUAAGCUAUGAUGGAAGCUGGAUGUCAAGUACUAUUGUGUAUUUGUUGUAUUUAAUAUAUUUUAUAAAAUUAAGAUAACUAUUGAUUAUGAAGUAUUUUAAGAGCAUAAGACAAGUUUUUCAAAGACAUUGUGUACAUUUGAUAAAAGAUGCCAGCAUUUUUGUUGUAUUUUAACCGUAUAAAUGGUGCACUGAGAUCCUGUAUCAAGAUAAUAUGAGUUUGUAUAUUGUUUGUUUAUGAGGUCCAUAGAAACUUAAAUGUCAACAGGAUGAGAUCAGCGCUGACUUGCAGCUGUGAUGUGAAUAUAUUUCUAGUAAUUUGUACAUUAGGUACACGUCUUGUGGCCAUAAUAUAAUCAUAUAGAAAUACUGAGCCAAAAGACACACAGGGAUAAAGACUCUAUAGGCAGGCUUAGUAUUGUUAUUAAAACCAUUUAUUGUAUACAUUAAUUAUAAUAUACAGCAUUUUUUAAAGGAGAUCAUAGGUGAAUUAUAGUCAUAUUGUUGUGUAUAGAUGCAUAUUGUUUUUGGAUAAAUUUAUGUGUUAUUUCUCACAUAUGUAUUUACUCUCUUGUUGUAGAUCUUUGUUGUAAACCAUUGUUAACUGUCACAUAUACUACUCAUCAAGAUAAUAAGUUUUUAUAUACCAGGAAUCCAGAUGGGAAUGUAAAAUUUUUGAAAGUACGGCUGUGUGCUGUACAUGUAAAUUACUAGAAGACAAGAAAACUACUUGUGAAAAUUUAGCCUGCUUUCAGACACUUUCCAUACAGGAAACCAUAGAGGAUGCAUGUAUGUGCUCACAUAAAUGGGCCGUUCUCUGUGAAAAGGGGGUUUAAUGAAUGUGCCUAAAGUGUCGUCCCAGAUUAGCCUGUGCCAUUUGCACAGGCUAAUCAGGGACAACACCACACCUAAACUUGAUUUUGCUGAGAAGAGACUAACGAAAAGUAUCAUAAAAGUUGAAAGUGUCAUCCCUGAUUAGCCUGUGCAGACUGCACAGGCUAAUCUGGAACGACACUUUACGUACAUUCAUUAAACCCCCUUUUCACAGAGCACAGUCCAUAUGUCUGCCCAUACAUGUAUGUCUAGUCCCCAUGGAAACAUAAUUUGGCAGGCAAGUUUAAAAGUACUUAACACAAAUGAUUGAAGUUUCAAGAGUGUUGUAAAAUCCAACACUUGUCGCCAGCUCUAAGGUCACACUCACAGGUCAGAGGUAAAAAAUGGACAAGAAAUGGCUUGUCUGGCCUUUUUAGGCAAUAUUUAAACAACAUUUCACAGAUAAUCAAAAUGGCAAGGUCACACAACAGGUCAAAUUUCAAAUAUAAGGAAGUUUUCUUGACAAAGGGCAGACAUCUAGCAUUAAUUUUGAUUAUAAAACUGUAUUGAGCUCCAUCAGGUUGCACAAAGUGCAUUUAUAUUGCAGCAGUCUUAUAAAUUAGUUGCUUUUACUUUAAAGUGUAAGACUUGUAAGGCGUCUUUGUAUAACAAUUUACAGAUUAGCUAAAGGUGUAUUCUUUAAGUUUCAGCAUUACUGUGCUUACUUUACAUAAAAUGAACUCUGUGCUGCCUUUAAUAAUUUGUAGUUUUACAAAAUAUGUAUUUGUAUGUGUUCUUCCAAUUUGGAUUGUAUAAUUGGAACAUAAAUGUUGUAGGUAGGGGGAUUUGCAUUGUAUUGUAUUUUUACACUCAUUAAUCUGCUUAAUCCAUAAGACUGAAUUAUAAAAAUAUUUUAGAAGAAUAAUAUUGAAUGUUAAGAAGAUUUAUUUCCAAGUGUAGCAUGUACCAUUUGGCCUUAAAAAUGUGCUUUGUUUUCAUUUUCUUAAUUUCACAAUGUCGUAAAUUGGUUACUGAUUUGAGUGAAGAAUAUUGGUUGAUAUUUACAGUGUACAUUAUUUUACAGGGGGAGAGUGGUACAAUUAAUUAGUUAGUUUAUUGAGUAUCAGUUGCUUGAAUGAAAGGCAACACUUGUUAUACCUUAAAGGUAUUGUAACUGUAAAUAUGCUAUAUUAAAUAUGAAUGUUCAUGUUGUUUACAUGACUAAUUUUAGUAAUGUUGACUUCUUUUGUUAUGUGAUAACAAUCAUUCAAUUUAUUUUAUAAUGGAAUUAUAAUGUGUCAAAUUUACUAGUAAAAUAUUCUCAUUUGUUAAUACACUGUGUGAAAUAUUUUUGAACGGAAAGUUUGAACAACAAGCCUGUUAACAUACUGCUGGUGGUAUUGAGAGUUCAUUCAUGUACAUUUCUCUAUCCUUAUUACCAACACAGUUUAACUCUUUCUGUGCUGGAACCGAAAUUUGAAGGCCAAUGCAAACAGUUUGG